AUGGGGUCCCAGGUGCUGCAGCUGCUCCGCCAGGGCGUGUGGGCCGCGCUCACCGGGGGCUGGUACCACGACCCCGAGCACAGCAAGUUCACCAACAGCUGCCACCUGUACCUGUGGCUGUUCCUGCUGCUGCUGCCCCUGGCCCUGCACCUGGCUCUUCCUCCCAACGCCGUCACUGUAUUUCUCUACUGCAGUUCAGUGACUAUAUUCUUCGCAAUAAUCAAACUGGUCAGCUACCGCCUCCACCUCAUGUUCGAUGAAGGAGAAGCGAUUCAGCGGAGGCCCUCCGGAAAGAAAGAGAAGCCCAACAAACACAGAGAGACCCACAGCGAACACAUACCGAACCACAAAACCCCGAGCAAUAACCAGCUGACUAGCAAUGGCAAGAAGGGAGAGGCCGACCGGAGCUGCUGCACGCCCCCCCUGCGCUGCGGCUCCCAGGGGCAGAACUCCGGCUCUCACCGCUCCUCCGGGCUGCUGGAGUUGCCGGCACAGGAAACAGUGGAAGAUCUCAAAGGUGUCAUCCUGGCAGAAGACCAGCCUGCGGCACCCGUGUCACCCACCCCACCUGGCGUCAAAACGGACGGCUCCCCUCCUUCUAAAGCCCCCGUGCCGGGAGCCGGGACCCUGCCGGCCGUCCCAGCGAAGCCAGGCGUGGCCGGAAGAGCCGACAGAGGGAGGGGCGGAGGGGGCAGGGGGCAGCCCCCUCUCCGCCACCGGUCGGAGGGCGGCCUGGAGGAGAAGGCCUCCCUGAGAACAGGCGUUUCCUUCCAGCCGUGGGGGAGCGAGAAUUCAGUCCUGACUCCGGAGCCCGGGAACGAUGCCCAGGGCUCGGCCAGGGAGCAGUCGGAGAGCCUGAGCCGCAGCUGGCCGCAGUGUCACGCCGUCAUCACCGACCCCGGGCACCCGCCGGGGGACGCUUCCCGGCAGGCGGACCCGCCCUUGAACCUGCAAGGGGACGUCUCCAAGGGAGAGGUGGCCGUGACUCUGAUUGACACCUCUGAGCCCGGAGACCCGCUGAGCCUGCACGAGCCCAUUAAGAUCGUCAUCACCAUGAGCAGCGCCCGGGGCUCCGUGACGGACCUGGAGAGCUCGCUCCACCUGCAGGGGGUCGGCCCCGGGACGACCGGUCUGCCGUCCGGAACCCCGCCGGCCACCCCGGGGCGGGCCGGUCCCCCACACGUGGAGCCGAGGGUCCCCGUCAUCACCCUCGAGCUGUCUGAGGACGGGGACCAGAGGGCGCCUGAGAGAUGGAUGGUGGAGGCCCCCUCUGCCCAGCGCACCGGCUGGGAGUCCGGGGACCAGGGCCAUGCCACCGAGGCCCGCAGUCCUUCCCCGGGACGCCCCUGUGACUCGGCGCCCCCCGAGGGCGAGCGGGGAAGGGCCGGCCAGGCCAGCCUCGACCCCUCGUCGUGCAAGAGCAGCCAGGAGAAGCGACACGCCCGGGUGCUCAGCGUGGACAGCGGCACCGAGGUCUUCCUGAGCAGGAGCCCGGCCGAGGUUGGUCCCGAGAAGGAGAGAGCCAUGCCCACGUCCAAGUCCGACCUGGAGGCGAAGGAGGGACAGAUUCCCAACGAGUCCAACUUCCUGGAGUUUGUCUCCCUGUUGGAGUCCAUCAGCACCGCCAAGGUGGGGGCGCCCGGCCGGAGGCGUGGCCCCCCGGAGCCGGGCAAGGACGGCGGGCUUCCCGGAGAUAACGGCUCCCAGGAGAGGAAGAACGAAAUCCCUGAAAGCGGACGCAGCGCCAAGCACGGGAAACCGGACGUGCAGAGUCAAGAGCACGCCAGCCCCAGCCCCGCGCGCACGGAGCCCGCCAAGGUCACGGCCCUUUUCCAGGGCAACCGGCAGAGACGGAUCAUCUACAGGGUCACGUCCCAGCAAGACAGCUCCGUCUUGCAAGUCAUCAGCGGGCCCGAGACGUCCGUGCAAGAGGAGAGCUCCGGGGACGCCAUGCACGUCUUCAUCGACGAGCACGGAGAAAUUCGAUCCUGCUAUUUAAAGUCUGGAAAUCAGAAAGAUGGCCCUGCCCCGCCCCAGCCAUCAAGUCACGACGGUCUCUCUCCGGCCGGAGAUGCUCCGGUCAGCUCCUCCAGCACCAGCUCCGGGAGCCCCGACCCUUCCUCGGGGGACGCCUCGGUGAGUCCGCUCCAGCAGCAGCUGCUGCUGAUGGUGGCGCAGAGGACCCAGCCGGACGCCCCCCGGCAUCAGAGUCAGGACCUGGAAGCCUUGUCCUGCUCUUCGGCCCCAGGGAAGUUCAACCGCGAUCAGUUCUACAAGUUCCUCAUCUUCCCCGGCAAGUGGAUCAAGGUCUGGUACGACCGCCUGGCCCUGCUGGCGCUGCUGGACCGGACAGCGGACGUCAAGGAGAACGUGCUGGCGGUCUCGCUCGUGGUCCUGGUGUCGCUGCUGGGCUUUGUGACGCUGAGCCGCGGCUUCUGCAAAGACCUGUGGGUGCUGCUCUUCUGCCUGGUGAUGGCCAGCUGCCAGUACUCCCUGCUCAAGAGCGUCCAGCCCGACCCCGCCUCGCCGAUCCACGGACACAACCAAAUCAUUGCAUACAGCAGACCAAUCUAUUUUUGUGUGCUGUGUGGCCUUCUUUUGCUUCUCGAUGCAGGGGCCAAAGCCAGGCACCCCCCCACCUACGUCGUGUACGGCCUGAAGCUGUGCUCCCCGGGGUCACUCCAGUCCGCCAGGGACUUCCUCCUGGGGUUUUUGUAUUGCUUCCCGGCCAUGUCCCUCCUGGGCCUCUUCCCGCAGAUCAACACGUUCUGCGUUUACCUUUUGGAACAAAUCGACAUGCUGGUCUUCGGGGGCUCUGCUGUUUCUGGGAUGACAUCGGCCGUCUGCAGCGUGGCCCGGAGCGCGGCCGCCGCCACCGCGCUGCACGCGCUCUGCUUCAGCGCCGUGAAGGAGCCCUGGAGCGCCCAGCACAUCCCCGCGCUGUUCUCCGCCUUCUGCGGCCUCCUGGUCUCGCUGUCCUUCCACCUGAGCCGGCAGAGCAGCGACCCGUCCGUGCUCCUGUCCUUCGUUCGGCGCAGAUGGUUUCCUAAAAGCUCCCGCCCGGACCCGGAGGAGCUGGCGGAGGACCCUCUCCCGGGGAAGAUGAGAGACUCGGUGAAGGACGUCCUGAAGUCGGACCUGCUCCUGUGCUCCGUGGCCGCGGUUCUGUCCUUCGCUGUGAGCGCCAGCACCGUGUUCCUGUCCCUGCGCGUACACGCCGCCCACCUGAUGUGGUUCGAAAGGCUCUACGUGCGGCUGCAGUGUUUUGAAAAGUACAUCCUGUACCCAGCCAUCAUCCUCAACGCGCUCACCAUCGAUGCGUUCUCCAUCAGCAACUACCGGCGGCUCGGGACCCACUGGGACAGCUUCCUGCUGAUCGUGGCGGGCAUGAAGCUGCUGCGAGCCUCCUUCUGCCACCCCGGGCGCCAGUUCGCGCCCCUGGGCUUCGCCGUCCUCUUCUUCCACUUCGACUGCAGGGGCCUGUCCGAGAGCUUCCUGCUGGACUUCUUCCUCGUGUCCAUCCUGUUCAGCAAGCUCGGGGACCUGCUCCAGAAGUUACAGUUCGUCAUGGCGUACGUGGCUCCUUGGCAGAUGGCGUGGGGCUCGUCGUUCCACGUGUUUGCGCAGCUUUUUGCAGUCCCUCACUCGGCCUUGCUCUUCUUCCAGACGUUGGCCACGUCCGUCUUCUCCACCCCGCUGAGCCCGUUCCUCGGGAGCGUCCUCUUCAUCACGUCCUACGUCCGGCCAGUGAAGUUCUGGGAGAAGAACUACAACACCAGGCGCGUGGAUAACUCCAACACCAGGCUGGCCGCCCAGAUGGAGAGGGACCCAGCGAGCGAUGACAACAACCUCAACUCCAUCUUCUACGAGCACCUGACGCGGUCCCUCCAGGAGUCCCUCUGCGGAGACCUGGUCCUCGGGCGCUGGGGGAACUACAGCUCCGGUGACUGCUUUAUCCUGGCCUCCGACUACCUCAACGCUUUCGUCCACCUGAUCGAGGUCGGAAACGGCCUCGUCACCUUCCAGCUCCGCGGGCUGGAAUUCCGAGAAACCCUGUCUUGCAGCCUGGACUCCUUCCUGCACGGCCUCCACGCCCUCUUCAAGGGCGACUUCAGGGUCGCCGCCCGGGACGAGUGGGUGUUCGCCGACAUGGACCUGCUGCAGAAGGUGGUGGCCCCGGCCAUCAGGAUGGCCCUCAAGCUCCACCAGGUCAGCACCCUCCUUUAUAACGACCAGCCUGAAGCUGUACGAGAGGAAUUCAGCUCUGAGAACGCCGGCCGGAGGAAGGGCAGGAGCCAGUCUGUCCAGGCCCACGGGGCCCUGAGCCCAAGGCCGCCCUUCCUGAGCUCGUCGGGCCCAAUCCUGGAGAGCCGCCAGGCCUUCCUCCCCACGUCCUCGUCGGCCCACGGCCUGGCCCCCCGGCUGGAGGGCAGCCGGCUCUCCCUGCGCUCCUCGGCCGCGUCCCUGCACUCGCAGCCGCCGCCCGCCACCACCGGCCACCUGGGCGUCCGCGAGCGGGCCGAGGCCCUGGUCCGGUCCAGCCUGGGCUCCUCCAGCAGCUCCACCCUCAGCUUCCUCUUCGGCAAGAGGAGCUUCUCCAGCGCCCUCGUCAUCUCGGGGCUCUCAGCUGCCGAGGGGGGCACCACCAGCGACACGCAGUCCUCCAGCAGCGUCAACCUGGCGCUCGGCCCCUCGGCCCGGGCCACCGGCCAGGCCACCAGGCACUUCUCCGAGCCGUGCGACCCCACGGAGGCCGCUGAGCAGGGGCAGCGUGGCGGGCGCCUGGCCGCGGGCCUCGGCGUGGUCUGCAGGAGGGCCAGCCAGGAGGACAUGGGCCUGGACGACACGGCCUCCCAGCACAGCGCCUCGGACGAGCAGUAGGGCCAGGAGGGGCCCCCACACUGGGAGAGACCGAGUCCCCCACGGCUCCGCCUGCCUUCCUCUCCCUUCUGCUCCCCCCAAAACCAAAAGCAGCCAACACUGUCAUCCACGUGGGCCCUCCCCGUGGACGAGUGACAGCUGGUGUGGAAACUGACUGACUGUAUCUCAGGUUCUUGAACAUUAUCUCACAUGAUGGACAAAACCAGUGGACCGGGCCUCCUGCCCACUGCCCCACAGCGGAAUGAGGCACAAAACUCUCCAGAAUUUGGAUUCAAACAAAAGCCAAGAGCCCAUCUGCGACUCCCAGCCCGACGGAAAUCCAACACCCGCAUGCUGACCAGCUGACCUCUGCACACUCCCGUCACCAAGAAAGAGCAGUAGUGGCCACCCCACCUCAC